AUGUCUUUUUUACCAGGGAAGCUGGAUCUCUCGCGUAGCGAGAUUAAACACAUUCAGAUGCAGUUAAGGGAUGUCUUAAACGAGAAAAUACGAUUACACCUCCCUCAGGGCCAGAAAGAAGAGGAGCGCUCGGAUGCAAUUGAAAAGCAGGUAUCGCUGGAAGUUGAAAAAUUCCUCACCGCCGCCAUGGAGGCAGCCAGUGACUCGAUAAAUGUCACCGACGCUGCAUCCGGCACCACCCUCUCGGACGUCAUAAACGACGCGCAAAAGGAAUACACCGAACCCUUCGAUGUAGAGCUCAACGAAAAAGUACGAAAACUUUAUCAGGAGUGGGAGACAGAAACAUUGAACGUUAUUCACCUCCGCAGAACCGCCCCCAAAGCCGUUGUCGAUCUAUAUACCAAAGAAGAAUCAAAAGUCCUACAGGAUAUCAAUGACAGAAUAAAGGCUCUAGCCGCCCAAGAAAAUACAGCGCCGCCUGAGGACCUUCCCCAGCAACUUCUAGCCGAGGAGUCCGUCCAAUACAAGGAGGCGCUAUCCAUGCUUAAAGCAGCCCAGGAUUUUGUGCCACGUGACCGCAAACAGCUCGAAAAGCUCAAGCGGCUAAUGAUAUACCUAGAGAAGCAAGUGCCAUAG